GGGAGAUUGAAAUGCGCACAGCAUCAUCAAAAUAGUUCUAAUCAACGUGGUUUUAUAACAUUUAGAAAGUCUCUAGCAUCAAUGUAUUUGUGUUAGCCUAACAUCUACUGAUGUACCAAUUGUAGAUCAGAGUUGGUCAAUUCCCACAGACUCCCACAGAUAUAGAACGUCUCCCAGCACCUGAAAAAUGUUAUCACAAGAUGCAGCCAAAGAGCCGGACCCUCACUUGUCCGUCCUUUGCCUCCUCACUUCUCCAUUGCGACUGAUAUCUGCAACUGUCUGGCGAGUCAUACGGGAGAAAGAUGUGUUGAAUUAUGGGGUCGUGGAGGAGUUCAUAGCCUCAGUUGCAGAGGCCAUCCCGGAUUUAUUAAGUGAACGGCAGUGGGUUCAGCUCCUACUUGGUCUACGAGCAAAGGUGGUCCUUGACUCUUGCCGUUGUGAGAGCUCCUCAGGUGCCAAGGCCAUUCAGCAUCACCUGGACAGAAUCCAGCUACCUGCUCCGCCUUCGAUUAGAGGAUCAGAUGUGGAAUCUGCUCAGCUCAAUUUCCAUGAUUUUGUGAACGUUCUGCAGAGUGACCCAGUGAGGAAAGAUCUGUUCUUUCAGGAGGUGUUUCCAGAGUAUGAGCCCAAGAUUGACCUCCAAAUGCAAAGGCUCAUCUCUAGAUUUGUAUCCAGACUAGAGGAGUUUCUUCCCACAUCCCGCAUCGACAAGGUUGCUGCCAUGCUGGCUGAGGUUCCAUCUGUGAUGGAGGAAUGCUUCCAAACCCUUUCACACCCACACAAAUUGCUGAGCUCCAUCAGCCAUCUCAAAAGUCAUGCAGACAUUGACACAAGUGAAGACCAUAUUUACGGAUCUCCAUCGCCACAGCCUCCUGGAGAGGAAGACUGCAUCUUCUCCUUUCUUUCUCAUCCUCCUCUGCUUCAGUUGGAUGUAGGCAGCGAUGAAACUCCGACCGCAUCUAAGUCAUCGUUUCUUGAAGAGAAUACAGUAGAGUGCGAAGAAGUGAGCAGUUUGGCCACUGAGUCCUACUUAGUGGAUGACGAGUGUGAAACGGAACUCGGAGACAAAACUGACAAAACAGUGGUCAAAACCGAAGGCCAGGAAGACCAUGUUAAGAGACACAGCGACCACGAACAGGAGCAGGUGUUUGGGAGCACAAAAAAUUAUGAAAACAUUGACCAGCAACGCCAACUCGUUGUCAAACUUGAUAGAAUUGAUGUCACCAGUUUACCAUUGCCGCCCAGAGAAAGUGAAAGACCUCGGAAGGAAAAACUGAGCUUCCUCCAAACUAAAAAUAAAGGACAGCAGAUCAGAUGGAUCGCACCAAUUGAUGAGGAGUGUGACCUACCUCCAAAGUCUCAGCACUCUGUGCCAUUUGCAAAAAGACCCAAAACAGGUUGCCAGAAAUCAUCUGUGAUAUUUACCUGCUACAAGUGUUCUUUUCAAGCAAGCUCUGGAGUAGAUCUGGACCAACACCUCAUGAAGGUUCACAGAAAUGACUUCAGACCACUUCAUUCGGCAGGUUUUCGCCAUAUAAGUGAUGCAAAACUCAAUUCAAGCCGUGAGGCUUCUGUCCCAGUCAAACAACUUGAAAUUCCUAAAAGAAGGAUGGUGUCAAAGACGUGCCCAAAAUGUAAGAGGACCUUCACACGUGGUUCCGAUGUGAGGCGACACCUUAAGACUUGCAAAGUGGUCUGUGAGGAAAUUCUCCCUCCUCAACCAACUCAGGAACAUCUGUCUGUGGAAAACGAAGCGACAGGGACCACAAGCCAAAUUGACCAAAUUAAAAGGGUUAAUGAAGCCAGUGUUUUGCCGAGAAGUGUUGAAAACCUCCAACCAAGCCGUGUCUACUCAGCCCCAUUUCAACUUCCUAAAAGAAGGAAAGGAAGGGAAGUGUCAAAGACGUGCCCAAAAUGUAAAAAGACCUUCACACGUGGUUCAGAUAUGAGACGACACCUAAAGACUUGCAAAGUGGUCUGUGAUGAAAUUCUCCCCCCUCUGCCAACUCACCCUCUAGAAAGAGUGAUCGUGUCAAAAAUAUGCCCUAAAUGUGGAAAGACCUUCCGAAAUCUAUCAGCUAUGAGGAGACACCUUAGGACUCACUUCUGUCCAAAGAUGACUGUUCCUGAACAUUUGAAGGACUCAAAAGAAUGCCCCAUAUGUGGUAAAACCUUCACAAAAGCCGGGAACAUGCAUCAGCAUUACAAAGGUCACACAGACCCCCACUUAGAAGGAUUUCACUGUGACAUUUGUAAAGACGUUUUUGGUUCAGAGAGUGAGCUAAAUAAGCAUCAGAUGGGCCAUUACAUGCUUGUCACUGGCCUGGAGUGUUACAUUUGUAAAGAGAUCUUUUCAAUGGAAAGUGAGCUGGAGGAACAUUUGCGUGGCCAUAAUCCAGACGAAACACUGCGAUGCACUGAGUGUGGGCGGCGAUGCAGGAACGCCAUUCACUUGGCGAUCCACAACCAAAUGCAUUCCCAGGAAGUCGGCAUUAAGUGUGCCAUGUGUGAGGAAACAUUCAGGAAGUGUGUACCGCUUCGCUUGCAUUUUCUUGAAGCUCACGACAUCAAAGAUUCGUAUCCCUGUUCCCACUGUGAGAACACCUUCGCCACAGUCACUGACUUGGUGUGCCACAUACGCAGCUUGUGUGUAGAGGAGCGGCGUUACAAUUGUCCAGGUUGUAGCAAGACAUUUUCGACAGCUGGAAAUCUCAACAUGCACCAAAGGCUUAGUUGUCCUGGCCUUCAGAAGCCCGUAGAGCCCGGGCAUCUGUGCCAUUUGUGUGGUAAGGUCUACCUCUCUGCAAGUAGGCUGAGGUCCCACAUCAAGGCCGUUCACGUGUCCAUACCCCCUUUCACGUGCAAUCAAUGCAGCAGGGGUUUCAAGACGUUUGACGUCUUGCAGAAUCACUUAAAAACACACCUGGAUGACAAGGAAAGGCAACACUAUGCUUGCUCUUACUGUGAUAAAGAAUUCGUCAGUAAAGGAACUUUGGUUCGGCACCAUCGCAUUCACACCGGGGAGAGACCUCACUGUUGUAAGGAGUGCAACAAGGCCUUCUUGACAGACACGGAAUUGAAAAAGCACAUGCGCUUCCAUACAGGCCACAAGCCGUUCAAAUGCAAGGUCUGCAGCAAAGCAUUUACUCAAUCGUGCUACUUGACUGUGCACAUGCGUGUUCACACUGGCGCACGGCCGUACUCUUGCUCUCUGUGUGAGAAACGCUUUGGGGACCAUUCUCACUUUAAACGGCACAUGCGGACCCAUACUGGAGAAAAGCCUCACGUCUGUGAACAAUGUGGCAAAGCGUUUAUCCAAGCCAACCAGUUAACUCUCCAUCUGAAGAAAUGUAAAUAAUACAUUUAAUAAGUGUAUUUACAAACGGUACACAGUGCACUGAUAUGCCCCCCCACCCCCUCUGUCCUGUUUUGUUCUUACUUUUUUGUAGUUACGAGAUUACAUAAACCAACAAUGGCCACGUUAUUUGACUUCUUGGAUGAUAUGUUUAAUAGUUACUGAUACGUUUUGGUGAUGCAACCUACAUUAUGGUGAAUUAAGGGAGGUGUAUGUACAUGAAUAGAAUGCCCCUUCCCGGGAGAAGCUUA